UAAGGCAUUACACCUGUAAGAGAAUGUAAAUAAAGAUCUUCCUGCACUUGACAUCUGACACCCACUUAACAGUGUGAGAUUUCAUCAGUGAGAACUGAGCUGCAUCUUCACGAGACACCGAGUAACAUAAUAAGAGGCCGUGUUAAAAACAAAACAAAAAAAAAAACAGCUCAUAGGGUUCGGGCUGUCCACAUUGUGCUUAUACAGCUAUAUUUCCUCAAACUGAGAUGUCUAGCAAACCGUUGCUACAACUAAAAGCGCGUCCAUGGUUUCGGUGAAAGUCAAUUGUGUGAAUGGUGGGCUUUUACUAGCAGUAUAAAUACAAAGCGCGCACCCGCGCUGCUGGAUUAAGUGCACUGGGACGUCCUGAAGCAAGCAGGAUUACAGAAGCAGAUCUGCAGCGAUGGCUGACACUUUACGAAGACUGGUGAACUCAUCUCCGUACAGUGUUUUGCAGGACAAACUGGAAGCUUGGUACAAAGACUACCAUGUGUUCUCUUGUGACCAGAACCUGAAUAGGUGCUGUGAGCUGGUGGAGCUCACCUCUAAAAUUCAGGGUCAAUUGUUCACCAUACUCAACCAUACAGCACAAGAGGGGGGACAUUAUUCAGGGGUUGACACACUAAAAUCUCGCCUUUUACCAUGGCUUGGCUCUUGCUUCACCAUUGCAGCUUCGUCUGUCUCCGCGGAUACCAGCCUUAGCCUCAUUCAGGAAUCUGUGGAGAAAGAUCGGAAGAUUCGUGAACUGUCCUCAGCUCAUGAGAGCGACAUGCAGACAAUAGAAGACCGGCUGUGUUCUACACGUAUAGAGUUGGAUUCAGUUAAACAGGAGCUUGCUGACACCCAGAUUGAACUGGAUUCCACAAAGAAUAAAUCUGCAACCACCCUGUUGGCCACAGAGGAUGAAAUACUACAUCUAAAGGCAGAGCUGCGAGUUGCUCAAGAUCAGGUUGAUCUGUAUAAGAAAAAGCUGGAUGUACUUGAUGACUAUGAGAGGCAGAUCAGAAUCCUACGAGAUGAGGUCUCAUUCCUCACCACUGAAAAAGCUGUUCUACAGGAAAGAUUGGUCAGGAGCCGUUCACCUAGUCCUCUUCCAAGGCGGAGUCGCUCGGUUAGCCCUGUGAGGGGCGAGUCUCCUACACGCGCCCAGCUCACUAGUUCCUCUCGGCAUGCACGGCUGGUCUCGCGUUUCUCAGACCUGUAUGCCACAGAGAGACUGGACUCCCAAAGUCUCCUGCGCAGAUACAUUGACGACCUGGAAACAGUCCAGAGGAUCCUUUUCAUUGCUGUUGUGGAAUCAUUUCAGGCUGCUAAGCUGGCCUAUCGGCAGUUUAAAGCACGUGUGAGGAAGACACUUUCCUCUACUCAUAUUGGUCCUGAGAGUCUGGAGGAUGCAGUGGUGGAUUACAUUGUGAGAAAUCUGGAUCUGUAUGAUGUGCAGACCAGCGUUAAUGAUGUGAUCAACACAAUGAACGUAAACCCACGCAUCUCUUUCCCUCCGGAGGUGGACUUUGUUCUGAUCAGCAGCUUCAUUAGGGAAGCAUGUCGAAUAGCUUUUGCCAUGCAAACUCUGGACCCACCCCUGGACCUGGCCUUCAGCUCAGAUGGUGAACUCUACAGUGAUGUUAAGUACAGGCGCAGUUUUGACUCGGAGUUCACCGCUCCACUGGUGGCGUAUCACGUGUGGCCUGCACUGUUGGAGGGAGACACUGUCAUACUGAAGGGAGAGGCGGUCACUAGGAGAGGAGCUCUGUGGAGAAGCAGGAGUCGUAGUUCCAGUCCUGUUCGCUCUCGUUCAGGAAGCCCCAGCCGCACAUUUAUGCCCAGUCGUAGUCGAAGCCCUUCCCCUGGACGUCUCUCAAGUAGUCGACUUUAAAGUUUGAUACCUGACCUCCCUUCACACUGGAUACAGGACCAAACAAAAGCAGAAUAAUCAAAACAUAAAAAUAUUUUUUUCAGCUUUAACGUAAUCUUUUCUAUGUGUGGGAUGAACUAGACACUAAAGUGGAAAACAAUUACCUUUACAAAUGACUCAAUACUUAUGAAGAAUGGAGUCAUUUGUCAUGUUUAAACAGAAAGCACUAUUUACAAGAAAAAAACCUCCACACUAACAUUUCCUGAGUGGAUUGCACUUGACAGCUAGUGGCCCAAUAUGAUUAGCCAGUUAAACCUUAAUUGUAUUAGAUCAGCACUAUGCAUAUACAUUAUAACAAAGACAUUAUAUAUAGAAAGACAGUGCACUCUUAUUACUAUGAAUGGGAGAAAGUGCAACGUGCAAUAUGGCGGAACAAGUCCCGCCUUCUAAAUAAAAGAGCCAAUCGCGAGGUGGUCAAGACAUUGUGUCACUGCAGACUUGCCUUAAAGGGACUUUGAUUAUAAUGAUUUUUAAAAAAAAACAGCUCUCUAAAUGUUAACAUUUUACUCACUGAGUCUAAUAGGACCAUUGCACAUUACACGUUCAAAAAUUUGUGGUCAGUAUGAUUUUUUUAAUGAAUAUUUUUAUUCAGCAAGGAUGCAGUAAAUUGAUCAAAAGUGACAGUGAAGACAUUUAUAAUUUAAAAAAAGAUUUCUGUUUUAAAUAAAUGUUCUUUUGAACUUUCCAUUUAUCAAAGAAUCAUUAAAAAAAUGUAUUAGUUUCCACAAAAAUAUUAAGCAGCUCAACUGUUUUUAACAUUGAUAAUGAUAAGAAAUGUUUCUUGAGCAGCAAAUCAGCAUAUUAGAAUGAUUUCUGAAAGAUCAUGUGACACUGAAGACUGGAGUAAUGAUGCUGAAAAAUCACAGGAAUAAAUUACCUUUUAAAAUACAGUUAUAAUAGACAGUUGUUUAAAAUUGUAUUUUAGUUUGACAAUAUUACUGUUUUUACUGUAUUUUAUCACAUGGAUGCAGCCUUGGUGAGCAUAAGAGACUUCUUUCAAAAACAUUUUAGAAAAAUUACAGAUACUAAACUUUUGAACAGUAGUGUUUGAAACAAAAUAUACUUGUUAAGGUGCUCUGUUUGUCUGUGAUAACUGGACAAGUCCUCUAAGGUGCUAUUCUUUCUAAUUUUUUGUAUGUUUUCAUAUAUUUAUGUGAUUUGGAUUUUUAUCUCUACAGUAGGAAUUAGGAUCAAAGAGAAAAUCUGUUGUCUUCUAGGUCACACCUGCACACCAGCACUUUUAAGAAAAUUAAUUGGCUCUUUUGUAAUGAUAACUGUAUCACUCUUAAGUGCUGUUCGUGAAGUGUUUCUACUGAACUGUCAUUAAUUUGUUUCUUCUAGUACAUAAUCUGUAGACUCUAAAAUAAUUUAUUUUACAGACUAUUGAAUGCAUUUCCACUUUAAGGCCAGUGUAAAUGUCAAUUUAAUUAUUAUUUCCUAAUGUUGGUGCUAAAGUUUUACUUCAAUACUGAAGAAUGGCCUGCAGUGUUUUGAAUUUGUGGAAUUCUAAACUGUUCAAAACCUCAAUUUCAUAGUUUUAAGGUGCUCAGUUUAUUCUGCUAAUUGUCUCAUGUUUAUGAGGUCUGUAUCAAGUAAAGUACUUUUUUUCUGUUAUCUCAAAUCAUUUAUUAAAUUUGUUUUAACAAACAAAAAAGGUGUGAGAGUGAAUCAUCAGGAACCAGACCUUUAACUUAUGGCUUAAGCUUAUUAUUUAAGUGAAAAUUUAGUUAUUUUCAUACAGUAAAAUAAUUUGUCUGAGAGUUCAAAAAUGACUCAACCGUUAAUGAAAUAUUACUUAGUUUUCCUUGAGUAAUAAUGGAUUAUAUAAUGGAAGUCAACAUGAAAGAUACGUUAUGAAUGACGUCAUUAUAAUGUGAGCACAAAGGACACCUACUGUAGUUCAAACACAUUAUUCUGUCUGUACCCUCUUCCACAUGUCACCACUAGAGGUCACUCACAUCAUACUAAACUGAGGAGGACACAGACAUAUGAAAGCUGCUGAAUACGAACCGCAUACCAGUAAACUAAUCGUACUACUUUUACUAUAUCUUUCUCUAGCAGAAAAGAGUAUGUGUUUCUGAAUUCAGCACGUGUUUUGGUUCUGGACUCACUCUCCAUAAUUACAAAGGGUUUUACAAGUAGGCCUAAAUGAAUAGUUCUUUUGGAAAAUCAGUUUAAAAAUAAUGUACAAUCACAGAGACUCCAGCCAUAUUAGUAUCCUAAUAAAAACUGUUAUUUUAGUAUUAUUUAUAUACUAUUAAAGUAUUUAUUAAUACUUUACUUAAUUAGCUUUUAUUUUUACAUUUUAUUUUUUAACAUUUCUAUUUAGCUUUAAUUUAUUUUCAUUUCAGUUUUUUUUUUUUAAUUUUAGUACUUAUAUUUUAUUUCAGUUAGUUGCCAGAUCAACUAGAGUUUUUCCAUGUAAUAAUUAUAGCCUAUUUUUUUUUUUUUUUUUUUUUUAAUUUCAGAUUUAUUUCAGUUAUAGUUUUAGUUUUAGUUAACAUUAACAUCACUGAAAUAAAAGCUGUUUUAUUUUACAAGCAGAUCACCUUUGUUGAGAUAACCAUCCAAAUAAUUCUCUGUAACCCUCUGUUAUUGGACUUUUUUUUUCAGAUAAUAAAUGAAUCAUGACUGGUUGUGCAUUUCUGCAAUAACACUGGCAAUAAUACUGGUAGUAAUUUAAAGAUGGACAGCACAACAUAAACACAACAAGUAUUUUCAACUGUAAUAUAAAUAGAGGAAGAGGAAAAAUAAAAAAAACAGGAAAUUUUCAAGAGUGGAGCCAUGGAGUAAAAUAAAUAA